CCCCGUCAGUGAUUGCCGCUAGUUAAAAUUUUGUUUUAAAUAUUAAAAUGAGUGAAAUUGCCGAUAUAUUAAAUAGUAUUACCAAUUUAUUUAAAGCGAUUAGUCAAAGAAAAGUGUUGCAUGCAGGUCAAAAUAAGAGAAUCCAUUCUAAUCAAUUCGAUGUCUUGAAAAGAAUGUAUGAUGCUGCUUGGCUAGAACUUCACUACACCAUUCGUAAUGUGAUUGUACCAAAAUUUUGGUUACAUUUUAAAAUAAUUGGAAAAAUCCCACCAUCUAAAGAUGAACGCGAUCAACAAUUGUUCCAAAACUUUGUUGAGGCAGUAAAUGAAUUGCACGCGAGUUAUCAAUUGUUAUAUGAUGCCUUCCAACAAUUACAUAACUCGAAAAAUAUAUUUUCUAAAAUAACUACUUUGGAGCUAAGCCAAAAGAAAUUAAAAGAUGUUUUUCGUGAGUCACUGCUGGGACAAAUGCCAUCACAAUUCAGCGUAGUUGUAAAUUCGUUUUAUACCAUUUCAUUUAAUAUAAACAGUAAUACGGAAGGUAAAACCAAUGAAGCAUGUUUUUUGGGUUUUAAAACAAUAAACUGUAAUGGUUGUAAAUAUGUUGCUGAGAGGUGCUGCUGUCAAAACUUGUUGAUUAUUAUUAAUGAAACCAAUAUUAAACUAUUGAGCAUGGACUUAUUAGAUUGCAUUGCUGGUCAAACUGUUACAUUAUUAGUGCAAAAACAAAUGACGGACCAUAUAAAAAAUAAUUGUUAUGGAAUCAUUGAUCGCAGUCAUCUAAAAAAACUUGAAAUGUGGCUUGAUGAAGUUGUUUUAAGUUGGCUGGCAAAAACUUUUAAUAAGAAUAGUCUGCAUAUUGAUGAAAAUGAAAAAUCUGAAAACUUUGUUCAAUGCUUCCGAGUUAAACUCACCUACUUUUUGUAUGAGACUUUCGCGCAUAGUGUAAUUGAACAGUUUUUUAAUAUUAUAAUUGAUUUUCCGGAAUCUAUACCAAUUUUAGAUGAUUUAAAAAUCUGUAUGGAAAAAAUAGAUCUAAGAAAAUAUUUUAUUAAAACGAUUAAAACAUCAUUAGAAGCAAGAAUACUGCAUCCAGGAGUAAAUACAAUUGAUAUUAUAACCGGCUAUGUUGCUGCUAUAAAAGCUAUAAGAUAUCUUGAUAGCAGUGGCGUUAUAUUGGAAACUGUCACAGCACCUAUUAAAGAAUAUUUGCGAAAACGUAACGAUACAGUACGUCGUGUUGUAACUGGUCUAACAGAAGAAGGUCCCAGUGACUUAUCUGAAGAGCUCACAAAAAGUGAAACUCUUAAAAAUAAACCUGGUUUGGAUGCUGCAGAUGAAGCUAGUAAUUGGGAAAGUUGGGCACCAGAUCCUGUCAGUGUUGACCAAACAACUAGUUUACAGUCGACUAAUAUAAAUCGUUCUGCAGACAUUAUAUCCAUGAUUGUGGAUAUCUACGGCAGUAAGGAAUUGUUUAUGAAUGAGUAUCGUAACUUAAUGGCUGAUCGCCUACUAACGCAGCUCAAUUUUGUGGCAGACAAAGAAAUUCGUAAUUUAGAAUUAUUAAAAAUACGAUUUGGAGAAAAUCUUUUGCACAGUUGUGAGGUUAUGUUACGAGAUGUUUCGGACUCCAAACGUAUAAAUAGUCAUAUACAAAGUGAUAAGGACUAUAUUGAUAAUAAGUCUUUUGAUAUUGCAACUUUAAUCAUUUCUGCACAAUUUUGGCCAUGCUUUAAUAAAGAAAGUUUGGAAUUACCUGAAGAAAUAGAAAAUGAGUUUAUAAAAUUUACAAAAUCAUACGAGGCUUAUAAAGGAAAUAGAACUUUAAACUGGAGAACGGUUACAGGAAGAGUGCAAAUUGAAAUAGAAAUCAGUGGAAAAACUGUUGAAAUGACUGUUUCUCCAACUCAAGCUGUAAUAAUAUACCAUUUUCAAGAUCGGGAUAUAUGGACCUUAGACGAGCUUAGCUCUGUUAUUAAAGUUCCUCCAACUGUUCUACGCCGUCGUAUGAGAUUUUGGCAAACCCAUGGUCUAAUUAAAGAAGUAAGUGUUGGCACCUAUCAAUUAAUUGAUGAUUCAGCACAAACUACAAAUUCAAAAAGUAUGGAUACAGCACCUUAUAUAAUGGAAGAUGAUGAUAUGGAAUCAGCAAUGGCUUCAGCUAGCGACCAACGUGAGGAAGAACUACAGGUUUUCUGGUCUUAUAUUGUUGGUAUGUUAACUAAUUUGGACUCGUUACCAAUAGAACGGAUCCAUCAAAUGCUUAAAUUAUUUGCAUCAAACGGUGUGGGUAUAGAAUUCACACAAGAUGAUCUACGAAAUUUUCUGCAGCGAAAGGUUCGAGAACACAAACUGCUUUAUUCAGGUGGUGUAUAUCAGUUAGCAAAAUAGUAUAUGGAUUAAAAAAUUAUUUAAUAAUAAACAUUUUU